CUCUCGCUGCGAGCGGCACGGCAGCUCUUGGCCUGGCCAGGCCGCCGUCGGGGGCGGGCCCAGGCCACAGCCAUGGCGGCGCCCGUCGUGCCGGAGAGCGACAGCAUCCGCAGGGCCGUGUCGUUGCUCAAUGCCGUGGACCCGGGCCGGUUUCCGCGGCUCGUCUCCCGUCUUCUCCAGAAGCUGCACCUGAAGGCUGAAAGUACCUUCAGUGAAGAGGAGGAAGAAAAACUUCAAAUAGCUUUUUCAUUGGAAAAACAGGAUCUUCAUCUGGUUCUUGAAACUAUAUCAUUCAUUUUGGAACAGGCAGUCUAUCACAAUUUGAAGCCUGCUUCAUUGCAGCAGCAGCUACAGAGCAUUCACCUGGAUGAAGACAAAGCUGAAGCAUUUGCUAGUGCAUGGGCAGCUGCAGGUCAAGAUACAAUUGAAAAGUUCAGGCAGAGGGUUUUGACCCCUCAGAAGCUUGAAACAAUUGGAUGGCAGCUUAAUCUUCAAAUGGCAGAGUCCAUGCAAGCAAAGCUGAAGUCUCCUCAAGCUGUGCUAGAGCUGGGAGUGAGCAGUGAAGAUUCAAAGAACCUGAAGAAGGUGUUUGUAGAAUUUAGCCAUCAGGAGCUAUUUGAGUUCUACAAUAAGCUGGAAACUAUACAAGCACAGCUGGAUUCCCUUACGUGAUGUUUUUGAAGACUUAUUUCUCCAUAAUGCUCCUGCCACCUCAUUAUUUUGAAUUGAAGAUAGAUUGCCAAGCUGUGUUUCCUGAAGGAUUCAGCGGGUUGCUUCUUAUAAAAUUAUAUGGCUUAUCUCCUUUUUAGACUAGUGCUAUUGGCCAAGAGUCUUUGUUGAGGGUCUGAAGAUUCUGAUGGGCUUUCUCUUGUUUGCUUAGCAGUUGUGAAAGAUUCGCUAAAGUCUUCUUUGCUUGCAGUGGGGAAACACCUUGCCCAACCCCUCCCCCCUUUAAAAGAAUGCUACCCUGCUUCAGAAUUUUUUUUUUCAUCCUAUUAUGUGUGUUACUUGAUUCUGGUAGAAAUUUGCAUAUUAGUGAGAGACCAAGAAUAAAACCCCUUUUUCCAGACAUAAAUGUAGAAACUGUAAGAAAAUACACAGCUAAUAAAAUUUCUAUACUUUUCCAGUACUAUUCACAUGACAAUGCUUCUUGCAGAUUCGUCAAAAUAAAUUCAGAAUUUUAAAAGCUUA